UACCAGAGAAGCACUCUCACCCCCCCCAUUGAAUUCCGUGCAAGCCACGGUGCUGAGGAAGGUUGCCAGGUCUGCGGUGCUGCUGACCCAAGUCCUCUGAGUAGCAGCAAGAGGAACGUACCCGUGUCCUCUGCCCAGCCAGGGUGCCUCUACUCUGACCUUUGGGGUCUGGCUUUUGUGGCUGCUUUGGGCUCUUGGACAUUCCUCCAAGGCCAACAGCGGUACCGGUGACUGCUCAUGUUUUAUGAGAGGCUGUAGCCCAGUCCCUACUUGAAUUCUGAAAGACCUUUCUGCAUGAGUGCCUGCAGUGGGUCAAACUGGUGGAGGAUUUUGCAAUUCCCUUAGUUCCUUCCCUCAAACUCAUUUUUAUCAUCGGUGCGAUGAUGAAGAUGUCCGUCUGCCAUCUCAGCAUGUCAGGCGCUCUGUGAUAAGGCAGGAAUUGAAGUGAUAUGAAGACCACUAGAAAUGACUUCAAAUUUACACCAUCAGUGCUGGCCGGGCCCCACAUCCUCGCACGUGAUUCUUUGCUGAUCAAGUGGAAAAGUGGAAGGGACGUGCAAGGUAGGCAGAGCAGGUGACUGGCACCAUGAUAUCUGCUCGGUACAGCAGAGCACGGUGCCAGGAUUGUCGAGCAGUCUGGAAGACUCCAAAUCCUCUGAGCUUCCUCUUGGUGUGGUUACUCUGUCUGUCUCGCUCCAGCUGGCUGCAUUUAAAUGAAAAUAGCACUGUUGACUGGCACUUUCUGCAGCUGGCAGGUGGAAAAGCUGGUUUUCUGUUCCAAGGCUUUCCACCUCCCCUGCCUUUUCUAUCUGUAGAUCCAGAGGGAAAGGUAAAGCCGGGUCUUUGGAACGCCCUUUGCUGGAGCGCGAUGAUACCCUCGGCCGUAUGUAGUCUCUUCAAUCGUGCUUCUUUCGUGCUAAUGAAUAAUUAACUGCUGUGUGCUUGUGCACGGACAGGCUGGUCAUGGGCAUCUCCGCAGGGUCGUGCUGACCUGCAGGGAUUGAGGGAGCCGCUUACCUCAGCGUGCAAUCGUUUGGCCUCGCCGCCUCCCGUUAUCUGGGUGGCCCCCGGCUGACCACAGCUAAUGUCUCCGUGACCUGCACCUGCAACGAGUGAACGUUGACCAGUCCCCGGCCUCCUCGAAGCACGAGCACGCGAACAAAUGGAGGUGAGCUAGGUGUGAACUCGCAGCGAGGCAGCUCCUGCGCUGCAGCUCCCCCGAGGUAAGCGUGAGGUGGCUCGCAGGAGGCCGGCAGGUUAUUUUUGUUUCCGAGGGUAAGAGCUUGCCUAUGGAAAGUGACCACAAAGAAGCCAACCCCCUUUAGCUGGUCUGAAUGCCUGUUGUAUGCAAAAGCAUAAAAUUCAGCUGUGUGUGUCCAGGCUCCAAGCAAAUAUUCAGUAGGAUCAGUUUUCCUGCCCGUUGCAGGUUGAAUCCUGCUGUGCUGGCUCCUGUGCCUUAUAAAAAAGAGAGUUUCACCCUCCUUUUGCUGCAGAACUGACACUUUUUGGCAUGCCCGUAAUUCACAGGGGAGUAAAGUUCAUGGAUCGGAGGCAGCCCCUUGUUGUUCCAUGUUUUCCCUCUGCCGCUGAUGCUUGGGAGCCUGCAGGGCCUAUAUGCUUUCGAUUAUAAAACUGCAAUCUCUCACUGGAGGUUUUUACCUUAAAAAAAACUUCAACGGAAAGCCGGGGAGGUUGGGACCAGGUAUCUCGGUAUUGUAUUCUCCUCUCCCUACCGUUUCUUGCCGCCAUUCAAAAGCCUCAAGGCUGAGUCAGAUGGAAAAUGGAUGAAAAACUCGGGGUGAUGCAUCAGCGCCAGCCAGAACGACCCUUUCUAUCCGGCCGUCCCGGAAAGCCGCAGUGUGGCUGUGCUUCGUGACUUCAUCCCUCCCCGCCGAGGGGAGACGGGCAACGUCGCUGUCGGCUUGCGGGGAGUCUGCGCUCUGAGCCAGCAAAGGAGAUGUCCUUGGGUGUGCGGCUCCUCCUCCAUCCCGCAGGUGACUCGAGCCCGCUGCGAAGGGGUAAAGGAGCUGGAAAAAAAAAUGGAGGGAAGAGGUGCAAAUUCAAUCGCUUCUCCGCGACGAUGUCAUGGCAACACGGUACGCUGCCGGGCUGCCAGGCAGUCAGGGCAGGCUUUGAAGCUCCCCAGCUCUUCCCCGUUGCUGCAGGCUCGCGUUUGACUCUCUGAAAAAUCUUUUGGUUAAUAUUUAAUGCCGGCAUUGAAGUGCUAAGGGUGGCGAGCGCCCCACCUAUUCCCCCUUCCUCUGCUUUCCGAUUUGGGGCUAAAUUAGGGCUGGGGAGGAGGGGGGGAUUUGUGGACUCCCCUAGCAUGGGGAUGGACUCCUGGUCAAAAGGACGCCCCCAACCGAUAGUGGGGAGAGAAGGCCGGGGGCUCUCCGGGCUGGCUCUAGGACAGAGGAGGGACGUUUUUGUCCCCCUGCCAUCCUACAAGCCCAGUUUGGAGCUGCUGCUGGGGCACUGGAAGGACUGGGGGGGGGUCUCCCUCUCCCUUUGCUCUCCCAGGGUUGGCUCUGGGAUAAAAGAACCCAUGGCCCUGCUCCCAGAGCCGAGCCCAGCUUCUUUGCUGCGAGCGGUUAGCACAUGUUUUUGCUUUCUUUUUUUCUUGUGGUAAGCAAUGACCUAACGAUCCUGUGUUCCAGCCACAGCCCCUCCUCGGCGCCUUCUUUCCAAAACGCGCAUCCAGACCGGAUCCAGAAAGCUUCCUGGUGCAAGACGCCACGUUCCCUUCCCUGAGCGAGCCAUCUGCUCCCCUCCGCCCGGCUCCUUCUGCGCGCCUCGGAGCUCGCCAGCCCCGCGGGGAGCAGCUCUCCUCCCCUGCGCGCCCCGGCUCCCCUCGGCCAUGCUGUUAUCGCGUGGCAGCGAGGGGAAGGAAACGCGGGGCUGGCUGAAUCUGGGGCAGCUGACGGUGUCAGCCGGAGGCGGUUUCCAAGCAACUGUCGCACCGCGGGACGCAGCGAGCCAGGGACGCCGCGUUCCCAAUGCCUGCGUGGGCCGGACGGGGCCAGUGCGGAGAGGGCAGCGCGAGCGAGAGGGUAGCGCAGGGCUGUGGCACAGGAGGGGGGCUCCAGCCCGGCUCCCUGCCUGCUCCAGAGGCACUCAGCGCAGCCCUGCCCUUGUACCUCUCCUGCCAAGCCCUUCCUUACACCGCCACCCCAAUUUUUCAGCGAUGCUGCUAGUCAAAUCCUAUUUAUUUUGCCCAGCUGGAGUGGUUUUUUGAAAGGCGGUUGCAAAUAAACAUCCUUGGAUAGAUGGGGAGGGGGUAAAGUUGCCCAGCCUGAGCAGUGGGAGCGAAACUGAUCUACGUGCGUGGGCAUAAAUAUAGUAGGAACCUAGCAGAUGGGAUGGAGAUGGGUCAGAGGUGUGUGAAAAAGGGGCAAAAACAAGGUUAGCUGGGCAGGUAGAAGCCCAGAGGGGUGGGAUGGUGCAGGCGACCUGUUUUUUUUCCCGUGUGUGAUUUAUCUGUGGUCAUCUCUGUCCCCGAGCCACCUGCAGCUAUCGAUUUGGAACUUGCCCCGUUCACGCUAACCUUGGCACUGGCAGCUCGUCCCUUAUCAGCGCCGAUAAACCCCGCUGCAGCCUCCUAGCCCUCAGCCUGUCCCGCCGGCGGUGUCACCCCACCGGGGUUUUCCCGUGACUCCGGCUGCUUUUUGUUGCGAUGCUCUAGACCCAGGACUCUAGAUCUCUAAUUUCUGCUCGGAGGCGAGACGGGGCCGUGGAUGCUCUGACUCCCUGCUCACCCCGCGUGGGUGCCCAGGCGCGGCAGGAUGCGGCGCCGGCUGCAGACGCUCGUCCAAAGGAAAUUUAAAAUUGUCCUCCUCCUCCUCCUGCUCUUGGCCCUCCUGCUGCACCUGGCGAUGGAUUUAGCUCUCCCCACGGCUCGCAGGCACUGGAGCUGUGAUGGGAAAGCACCAAAAGCCUCGGGCGCCAUGUCGGGCAGCCCCUUGCUGGCCGGCCCCAAAAAGCUGAGCCUGCGGAUCCUCCAGGACUUCAGUGGCAGCAACGGCUCCUUGGAGAAAAGCUCCCACCCGCAGGGAGCAGGGCCACGAGCAAAGGAUCCAGAGAUCCAGCACCAGCACGGAGACGCGAAUCAGGCACGGACCAAGGGAUCCAAGCUGGCCGCGCUGUUUGAGCAUCCCCUUUAUAACAUCCCGAUGCCGGCGGUGACAGACAAAGACAAGCUGUUCGUCGUCAACCCCAUGGAGAAGUUCAGCCUGCAAAGCAGCGGGAGCGACGAAUGGGUCAGCAGCAGUAAAGCCGAGACGAUCCUCCCGACAGGGAAGACGGCCUACGACACCUACCCCGCCUGGCUCAAAUUCCACGUCGGCAUCAACCGCUACGAGCUGUACCCCCGCCGGGACCCCCUGAUGCCCACCCUCCUCCACGACCUGGCCACCAUGAGGAUCGUCAGCUCGGUGCAGAAGUCCGGUGGGACCCAGCUGAAGCUCAUCAUGACCUUCCCGAAUUACGGGCAGGCCCUCUUCAAGCCCAUGAAGCAGAGCCGGGAUCAGGAGACCCCCGUUGACUUCUUCUACUUCUCAGACUUUGAGCGGCACAACGCGGAGAUCGCAGCCUUUCACCUGGACAGGAUCCUGGAUUUCCGGCGAAUCCCUCCGGUUUCUGGCCGCUUGGUGAACAUAACGAAGGAGAUCCGGGACAUCACAACCGACAAGAAACUGGCCAAGACUUUCUUCAUCUCCCCGGGUGAGCUCUCGCCUCUGCCCAUCCUCUCUCCCAUGGCUGCCUGCUCCUGUUCUGGAGACUACCCAUUUGGGGACUGCUCCAGCUGCCACCACGUCCCCUGCCAUGGGGCUGUCCUCAAGGAGCAGGGUCACCUCACCACUGCUUUGUGCACGUCUGGUCCGUGUCCGGUCCGCUCUCCAUCACCCUUUGCUUUGUCCCCCACGCCAGCGGGCAACGUCUGCUUCUACGGGGAGUGCUCCUACUACUGCUCCACCGAGCACGCGCUGUGCGGCAAGCCCGACCAGCUGGAGGGCUCCAUGGCUGCCCUGCUGCCUGACAAAGCCCUGGCCAAGCGCCGCUCCUGGCGCAGCCCCUGGCGCCGCUCCUACCACAAGAGCAAGAAGGCUGAGUGGGAGCUGAACCCCAACUACUGCGCCCAGGUGCGCCAGACGCCGCCCUAUGACAGGGGCCAUCGCCUGCUCGACCUCAUCGACAUGACAGUGCUCGACUUCCUCAUGGGCAACAUGGACCGGCACCACUACGAGACCUUCGAGAAAUUCGGGAACGACACCUUCCUGCUUCACCUGGACAACGGCCGCGGCUUCGGCACGCACUCGCACGACGAGAUGUCCAUCCUGGCCCCGCUCCAGCAGUGCUGCAGCAUCAAGAAGUCGACCUACCUGCGGCUGCAGCUGCUGGCCACCGACCCCUACCGCCUGAGCGAGCUGCUGCGGGAGGCGCUGGCCGACGACCCCCUGGCACCUAUCCUGGCCGAGCCCCACCUGCGGGCGCUGGACCGGCGCCUGGGCAAGGUGCUGGCGGCCGUGGGACGCUGCCUGGCCCGGGCGGCUCGGCCCGGGGAGGUGGUGGUGGACGACGUGGGGCCGUGGGUGUGAUAUGGGGUCGGAUGGACGGGGUUUGUCACACUGCAGGCACAGGGUGUGUGGCGUCGGGUUUUGGCAGCCCCGUACCCCACGGUGUGGGUGGGGCAUUUGGGGUGAUGUGGUGGGCCAGCGGGCUGCGGGGAUUGUCGGGACGGGUGGAUUAUUUAAAUAAAAAGGUUGGCCUAGUGAAGAAAACAUAUUCGGGAUCCUGGCCACCGGGGCUGUUUUUCCAGUUCUGGACUACCUCUGCGUGCCGGGACGUGUCGUACGGGCCCUCCAAACCCUUUUAGGAAGAGCAGGGAUUUUUCCAGCCUUUCCCCAGCCUGCGGCAAGCUCCUCCAGAGCUCGGUGUUUGACUGGGGCCGUCCGUGAGCUCUGUGGCACGGCGCUGGCCUCCCCCGGCAGGGUCCCUGCGUGCUGGCGUGGGGAAACUGAGGCACGAGCUCACCACUGCUCCCCAUGUCCCAGCCAUCCCUGAGCUGCCCGCAUGCUCCCGCUUGCCUCAACUUACCCAACUCGCGCCGCUCUGCCCCCGGAUUUCCCACACCCACCCAAAAAUCCCCGUGGCGGCCCCAGCGUCGCCCGCAGAGGUGGCUCCGGCGGGGGACAGCUUCACCCCGGGGCCCGGCACCGUAUUUAGCGCCCGGCACCCAGC